AUGGACAUCAAUAUAAUUCGAGAUGCCAAAGGUGCAUCGCAACAAACAGCCAAUCAAGACAAUCUACCAUAUGCAGGGGUGAGAGCCUCUCACCAAAUGGCGAGGACAGACUUGGAGAGAAUGAGGAGGUAUAAAGACAGGAUCGUGGAUGUUGGAAAUGAAUACAACGUGGACCCAGCGCUCAUCGCAGGGAUCAUCUCCAGAGAAUCACGCGCUGGAAAUGCUUUGAAUAAUGGCUGGGGAGACUACGGCAAAGCCUGGGGACUGAUGCAGGUUGAUGUGACUCCAAAUGGAGGUAGACAUACACCUCGGGGAAGCUUUGACAGCAAGGCGCACCUGCAGCAGGGCACAGAAAUCCUGGUGGGUUUCAUCGGCCUGAUUGGCAAAAAAUUUGGGAGCUGGAAUCAAGCCCAACGGUUAAAAGGAGGAAUUGCUGCGUACAACAUGGGAGACGGGAAUGUCCACAGUUAUGAGAAUGUGGAUGCCAACACAACAGGCAAAGACUACUCCAAUGAUGUUGUGGCCAGGGCUCAGUUCUACAGUGCCAAUCUUUUUUAA